AUGCCAAAGAACUUUGAUCAUCACUAUGACCACCUCCUCAUCCUCUCUCAAUUCUCACUCUUCUUGCUCAAUCUUCUCUCACCCUCGUCCGCAGCGCCGCCGCCAAUCGGAAUCUGCUACGGCCGAGUAGCCAACAACCUACCUCCGCCCACCGUCGCCGUCGACAUCCUCAAAGCCAACAACAUAAAAAACGUCCGCCUCUUCAAUGCCGACCCCGCCACUCUCAGCUCCUUCUCCAACACCGGAAUCAGCGUCAUGAUCGGGGUCCCCAACGAAAUCCUCCCCACCCUCCCCACCGCCUCCGCCGCCGUGGAGUGGCUCCAAUCCGACAUCUUCUCCAUCAUUCCGGCCAACCAAGUCCGCUACAUCGCCGUCGGCAACGAGGUCUUCCUCAAAGACCCCUUCUACACUCCCCACGUGGUUCCCGCCAUCCUCAGCCUCCACCAAGCCCUCCAAACCCUAAAUCUCUCGCAUUCAAUAAAGCUCUCAUCGCCGCAAGCCGCCUCCGUGCUAUCAAUCUCCUACCCUCCUUCCUCGGCCUCGUUCGCUCCCGACCUCAAACCAGUUCUAUUUCUUCUUCUUCAAUUCUUGCGUGACACGGGAUCUCCCUUCAUGGUGAAUUUGUAUCCCUAUUUCAGCUACUUGAACAACCGGCCCUAUGUCUCUGUUGACUAUGCUUUGUUUCGGGAUCCGAACCCCGUGCAAGACGGCGCGUUGGUGUACGACAACCUGUUCGACGCGAGUGUGGACGCGUUUGUGAGCGCUUUGGAGAGGGAGGGGUUUGGGGGAGUUGAGGUGGUGGUUUCGGAGACCGGGUGGCCGACGAGCGGUGGGGAAGCGGCGAGUGUGGAGAACGCGCUGGCGUAUAAUAGAGAGGUGGUGAGGCGAACGGCGGAGGGGGUUGGGACGCCGAAGAAGGCGCGGGAGGGAGUGGAGGUGUACUUGUUUGAUCUGUUUGAUGAGAAUGAAAAAGGCGGGGAGGAGUAUGAGCGGCAUUUUGGGAUUUUUGGGCCUGAUGGGCUUAAGGCAUAUGACCUUAGUUUCAACUGA